CUGUGGCUCAACAAGCUGGAGCGCCUGGGCUACAAACUCUGCCACAGCCCCGACCGCUGCGAUCACUACCGCGCCCAGGGCUGGGCAGCCAUCAAGCCGCACCCAAACCAAUAUGAGGGGCUUGGCCAGAUGUGCACCCCCGACCGGCUGCGCGAGGGGCUGUGCAGCGACCGGCGGCUGUACGUGCACGCGGUCUGCCGCGCGGGGCAGCACCUGAAACGCAAGGCGUUCGAGCGGCUGGGGCUGUGGUUUGUGCACGUGGAGCACGAACGGCCGACUGAUAUACGGGUUACAAUCCCUGAGGGGUCCCCGCUGCCGUGUGGCGGCCCGACGUGGGCCGGCAACUAUACCUACACCAACUACUGA